ACUGGCCAUCGUCACCGUCACAUCGCCGCCAUCAGUCAAGAUGGGUAUGCCUGUACGGACAGCGAAAUUCGUGGAGAUGUACUGCAACAUGUCCCCAGAAGGCCUGAUCCUUCCUCUUUCCUUCAAUCUACUCCUGGUCAUCAUCUGUGCCUACUACGCUUUCAGGAGUCGCAAGCUACCGGACAACUUCAACGAAUCACGCUACAUCGCUUUCUGUGUCGACACGACGUUGCUCGUCUGGCUCAGCUUUUUACCAACGUACUUCCUAACGUCGCGCGCCUACUACAAAGUUUUAAUCAUGUCGUCGGCGCUUAUCAUCAACGCUACAGUCACCCUGAUAUGUCUGUUCGUCACCAAAGUGUACGCUCUGUACAAGUACCGCAGCGAAUACCAAAGGAACCUACUACAAGAGCAGGAGCUUUUUCGGGUCAUUCGGUCGAUCGCGUCUGAAAGCCUCGAUCUCAGGUCGGCCGCUGGCAGUGCCCAUGGCAACAGUAGUGGGGCGCUCGGAGUUAGUAACCGCAGUAUCAUCGGCGUGGGCGUCGGCAGUGGCGGCGGGAGCAGUAGUAUGAGCAACAGGGUUUGUCACAAGAAGAGGCUCGGCGCGGUGGGUACCCUUGCGCAGUCGCAGUCGUGCAACAACCUGCUCCAGCAUCACUUGGACGUUUUGCCCCUCAACAACGCCUCGCUCUGCAAGAGCGACUCCAACAUCAAAACGUGAACCGAACUAGAUUCACCGACACCCCCGCACCACCGCCGUCUCUGCCACCACCACCACCACCACCACAACCACCACCACCACUGCUGCCGCCAUCAUCACCACCAAUUCCAGCAACACAACUAUCACUACCACCGCUACCACCAACACCACCACCACCA